AUGCAGUGUUCAAAAUUUUAUUUGUUCGACUCUGGUAAUGAUAGUCCACAAGACUCUGCUUCUGAGUCUGAAAGGAAUUCUGGGUCAGCAUCUGAAAAUGAAUCAAAAAGUAGUGCCGGUUCGUCUAAAUCUGGGUCUGGAUCGAGAUCGGACAGUUGUUCGCAGUCAUCAAAAUCAGGUUCAGGUAGUGGCAGUGGGUCAGAAUCGGAGAAAUCUGGCUCUGAAAAAGAUUUUAGUUGCGAGAAGGUUACCAUCAAGAAGGAAGAAGCCAGUGACAUUAAGCAGGUAACGAAGAGAAGCUCAAGAUCGAGAAACAGCUCAGAGUGCUGGGAAGACAAUCCAGAUGUAUAUGGAAUAAGAAGAUCAGGGCGUUUCCGAAAGGAACCUGAGAGAUUAAAUGCAGCUGAAAGUGAUUCCAGUGACAAGGGGAAGAAAAAGUCUACAGUUAAACGGUCUUCAAAGAACUCCAAUACGUGGAAUUCUGAUACCUCAGAGUCUGAAGAUGAAGGCGUGCCACCUCCUAGGAGCAAACCACCUUCAAGGAAGGGAAAGACAAGACCCGUGCGUCAUAAACCUGAAGGAAAGAAGUCUUCACGUAGGAAAUACAGUGAGACUUCGGAUGAAUCAAGUUUUAAUACAGAUGAAGAUGCUGAGAACCAAAGGCAUACCAACAGAAGAGCAGCGACUGGUGUAAGCUACAAAGAAGAAACCGAAGAUGAGAAAACAGAUUCAGAAGAUCUAGUUGAAGUUGACUGGACAGAGCCUGCUGUUCCAGCAGAACCUGACAACGCUGAAACUAUUGAAAAAGUGUUGGCGUGGAGGAGAGGUAAAAAGGGAGUUACUGGCAAUAUGACGACUGUAUAUGCUGUGGAAGAGAAUGGUGACCCCAACAAAGACUUUGAUCCUACUGAUUUGGAGAAUAGUGAAUUACAGUACUUGAUAAAAUGGAAAGGUUGGUCGCAUAUUCAUAACACAUGGGAAUCAGAAGAAUCAUUAAAAAGUCAAAAGGUGAAAGGAAUAAAAAAGCUAGAGAACUAUAUUAAACGUGAAGAAGAAUUGUCAAUAUGGAAAGAGCAUGCAACCCCUGAGGAUAUUGAAUACUUUGAUUGCCAAAUGGAACUUAUGAGUGAACUUCUGAAAAGUUAUAAUAAUGUGGAGAGGAUUAUAGCUGAGUUUCAGAAGCCAGAAGGAACACACCCAGAUUAUUUCAUAAAAUGGGAGAGUUUGCCUUAUUCAGAGGCUACUUGGGAAGAUGGGGCUCUUAUUUCGAAAAAGUGGCCCAAGAAAAUCAAAGAAUUCAGAGAACGUGAGGAAUCUAAAAGAACGCCAUCAAAACAUUGUCGAGUGCUGAAACAUCGGCCCAAGUUUGUUCAAGUCAAAACUCAGCCUGAAUACAUGGGUGGUGAUCAGCUGUUGGUUUUGAGAGAUUACCAACUGGACGGUCUCAACUGGUUGAUACAUUCCUGGUGCAAAGAGAACUCUGUGAUAUUGGCUGAUGAAAUGGGCCUGGGAAAAACAAUACAGACAAUUUGCCUUCUUUACUACCUCUUCCAUACUCACCAGCUUUAUGGACCUUUUUUGCUGGUAGUCCCUCUGUCAACCAUGACAUCAUGGCAACGAGAAUUUUCUCAGUGGGCUCCAGAAAUGAAUGUAGUAACAUACUUAGGAGAUAUAUCCUCACGUGAUAUAAUACGCCAGUACGAAUGGUGCUAUGCCAGUUCUAAGCGUCUCAAGUUUAAUGCAAUCCUAACCACGUAUGAAAUAGUUUUGAAAGACAAAGUAUUUCUGGGAAGCGUAAGUUGGGCUGCUUUACUCGUAGAUGAGGCCCAUAGACUGAAGAAUGAUGAUUCACUGCUUUAUAAAGCCCUUAUGGAGUUUGAUACAAAUCAUCGUCUGCUUAUAACAGGGACACCUCUUCAGAAUAGCUUGAAAGAGCUGUGGAGUCUUCUGCAUUUCAUCAUGCCUAACAAGUUUGAUUGUUGGGAAGACUUUGAGAAGGAGCAUGACAAUGCCGCACAGAAAGGUUACUCGAAACUACACAAACAAUUAGAACCUUUCAUAAUACGCAGAGUGAAGAAAGAUGUUGAGAAGUCUCUCCCAGCAAAGGUUGAGCAAAUUUUACGAGUGGAGAUGACUUCACUCCAGAAACAGUAUUAUAAGUGGAUUUUAACAAAGAACUACAAUGCACUCAGGAAAGGUGUAAAGGGUUCCUCAUCAACAUUUCUUAAUAUAGUUAUAGAACUAAAGAAAUGUUGUAAUCAUGCAUUUCUCAUAAAGCCAUUGGAUUAUGAGCAGAAACCUCCUCCCACAGACUAUUUACAGGACCUAAUCCGUGGUUCAGGGAAGCUAGUGCUACUGGAUAAAUUGUUGAUUCGCCUGAAAGAGACAGGUCAUCGUGUUCUGAUAUUCUCUCAAAUGGUGCGGAUGCUGGACAUUUUGGGAGAGUACCUGCAGCUGAGGCACUUCCCCUUCCAAAGACUAGAUGGGAGUAUUAAAGGAGAAUUGAGAAAACAAGCUCUGGACCACUUUAAUGCUGAUGGAUCACAGGAUUUCUGUUUCUUGCUGUCAACCAGAGCAGGUGGUCUGGGUAUUAAUUUGGCAACUGCAGAUACUGUAAUUAUUUUUGAUUCUGACUGGAAUCCUCAGAAUGAUCUGCAGGCACAAGCACGUGCUCAUAGAAUUGGACAGAAAAAUCAGGUUAAUAUAUACCGAUUAGUAACACGAAGCUCAGUGGAGGAGGAAAUUGUUGAACGUGCAAAGCAAAAAAUGGUUUUGGACCACCUCGUAAUUCAGCGGAUGGAUACAACUGGGCGAACCGUUUUGGAUAAAAAAAGUUCCUCAUCUACGACUCCAUUCAAUAAAGAAGAGCUUACAGCAAUACUCAAAUUUGGAGCUGAGGAAUUAUUCAAAGAUGAAGAAGAUGGUGAUGAAGAGCCUACUUGUGAUAUAGAUGAAAUAUUGAGAAGGGCAGAAACACGUGACGAUGCUCCAGCUACUGUAGGAGAUGAGCUUUUAUCUGCUUUCAAAGUUGCAAGCUUUGCAGCAUUUGAGGAAGACAAGGACAUAGCUGUAACAGAACAUGAACCUGAUGAUGAAAGCAAAGAUUGGGACGAAAUCAUACCUGAAACUAUCAGAAAGAAGGUGGAAGAAGAAGAACGUCAGAAAGAAAUGGAUGACCUGUAUUUACCUCCGAGGAGCCGGAAGACACUGCAACAGAUAAACCAGUCAGAAAGUGAGGGUGAAGGCAGUGGACGUGGGAGGAAAAGACGUAAGAAAGGAGAAGAAUCUGACUCAUCAGAAGGAGGUAGUGAUGACGAAAGACCAAGAAAGAGAGGCAGGCCUCCUCUCUUUCCUCGGGAGAGCAUCAAGGGCUUCACAGAUGCAGAGAUAAGGCGCUUUGUCAAGAGUUACAAGAGAUUUGCAGCACCCCUGAAACGCUUGGAAGCUGUGGCUUGUGAUGCAGAACUUCAAGAAAAACCUCUUGCUGAACUUCGAAAGUUGGGUGAGCUGCUUAAAGAGCGUUGUGUGACAGCCCUGAAAGAACAGACAGCAUCUAAAGAAAAUGAUGUGAACAAUGAAGAUAGUAAUCUCUCAGGUCCUAUCCAGAAACGAAGAGGGAGAGGUCCUUCAUUUAAACUUGGAGGUGUAUCUGUUAAUGCAAAAAGUGUUAUGUCUUGCGAGAAAGAGCUUGAGCCAUUGGAUGAAGUGUUGCCUGCAGAUCCUUCGGAAAGGAAGAAAUGGGUGUUGGCUGCAAGAGUGAAACCAGCUAAUUAUGACGUACCUUGGGACAUAGAGGAUGAUUCAAAAUUGUUGCAAGGUGUCUAUCAGUAUGGUAUGGGAUCAUGGGAAGCAAUAAAAAUGGAUCCUUCAUUGGGCAUUGGGGAUAAAAUCCUUGCAAAUGAAGACAAGAAGCCUCAAGCCAAACAUUUACAGCAAAGAGCUGAUUACUUGCUUCGCAUCUUGCAGAAGCAGCUGGAUAAUUCAUGCGUUACAAAACCCAGAAGACAGAAGAAACCUCGUGAAACUAAACCUGCUCUGACAAAGGAAAUAAUUGAGGAUGACCCGAGCUCAAAUGAUGAAAAUACGAACCUGUCAGCAAAUAAUCUCUCAGCCGUUCCCAAGAAAGUUUCGAAAAAAACUCCAGAUAAAGUUGUCAAACCAAAAUCGGAGAACCAUGAAGUAAGGAGUGAGGAAGAAGAAAAAGAGAAAGAAGAAACUCCAAAAGAGGAGAAAAAGGAUGUAAAAAAGAAGAGAGAGAAAAAGCAAGUCAAGAAGAACAAGAAAGAAACUGGUCCAAUGCAUUUUACCGCAAACAGUGAGCCCAGAGCUCUGGACGUGAUAGGCGAUUUAGACCCUGCAAUAUUUAAUGAGUGUAAGGAAAAAAUGAGGCCUGUAAAGAAAGCACUCAAAGCUUUAGAUAAUCCUGACACUUCAUUACCAGAACAAGAGCAGUUGAAUCAUACAAGACAGUGCCUUUUACAAAUAGGUGAUCAAAUAAAUCGUUGCCUGUCAGAGUAUAAAGAACCAGAUAAAAUUAAGGAAUGGAGAAGCAAUUUGUGGUACUUUGUUUCAAAAUUCACUGAAUUUGAUGCAAAGAAACUAUUCAAGCUAUAUAAACAUGCAGUUAAAAAGAGUGAAGAUAAGAAGGGGGCAGACAAGAAAAUUAAAACUGAAAAAGGAGAAAAAGAAGAGGCACGUACUACACCAGAGAAAGACAACUCACAAGUCCGUGGAAACAACAAGCGGCGAAUGGAUGAUGAAAAAGAACAAGAGAAAGAUGGAAUGCAUUCUGGUAGUCCUGCUAAGAGACCAUAUGCUCCUAGUGAAUCUAGCUCAGCACGUGGUCUUGACAAAGAAGAACGUGGUCGGGAAAAGGAACGGAGUAAGAAAAGUGGAGAACAGCGCGACGAUCGAAAUAGGACACAGUCGCGUGAACACGACAGAGACCGGAAUAAAGAAGCCCGCGUGCGCAAAGACAGUGGGGGCAGCCUUCCCCCUGGUUCAAGCUCAACAGCAUAUGCACGUCCGAGAGAUCCCAAUGGGCGGUCACCCCAACGUACAGUCAGCAACAGUACCAGUGGACAAGCCGCUCCUUACGGUAGCAGGCAUGAGUUUGCUGGAGGUGGAGAUGGCCGUCCAGUAUCCAGCCCCCAUGGCAGGGGGCACAUACCAAUGGAUGGUAGUGGAGACCGCUGGGCUGGCUCACAGCAACCAAGAGACAGAUUUGGUGAACACAAGCGUGAUAGGUAUGACAGCUACCAGCGUCCACCCGGGUCUGGGGGCUCUUACCACAGAGAAAGGGAUCGAAAUCAUCGAAUGGAUAAAAGAAGAUUCCAUGCAGCAGGACCAUCAAACUAUGGCAAUCACUAUAUUCCCCCUCCUUCAUCAUUUUCUGGAGGCCCUGGCUAUCCUCCCAGUGAAAUUCCUCCAUCACAUUAUGCCAGGGAAAGGUUUGGACCAAUGGGUGUUGCUGGCCCUGGCUGCGGUUUUCCCCCUGACUGGAGGGGGGGAAAGGAAAGGGAUUACCGAAGAGAUUACGAGAGAGAUUACGAUCGGAGACCGCCCCCUCCCAAUUCGUAGUGAAGUGCAAUGUCGUGUGUAAAAUAUGAGCAACUGUAAAUAUUUGUAUAUUGUUUGUAAAAUAGACGAGAAGUGAACUAUCGAAAUGGGCAAGUGCCGUGUACGACUGUGAAUAGUAAUCGUGAAUUUUUAUUUUCGUCAGUGUGACAUUCAUCAGUUUUUAUGGACUGCUAAACUGUGUUUACAUUGAAAAAUAGUAAUAUAUACUGCGUGUACAUAUACUUAAUUUGUAUUUGACAGCAAAACAAAGUGUGAUUAUAAAGCUCCAAAUAUAAUUUUUUAGAUUGCGCGCAUGACAUUUCCUUCCAAAGACUGUAUACAGGCUCCUUUGUCAAGAAAUGUUUUUCAAGAUUUUUAGUGUCAAACUUAAGUGAGUCAGUGAUGAUGUGUUUUGUUACCUGGAAGAGUGUGUGUGAUUUUUUUCUCUUUUUUUCUCUUUCCUUAACUCCAUCAUAGUGAACAUAAGUACAUAAAAAACUGAGAAUUAAAAAGGUUUCCAAAUGUACUGGAAGCAAUGAAGCCAUUUCCAUUAGUCAAAAAACUCUAAAUGGAAAGGUAUAAGCACUAUGGUUUCCAAGGCACAGAGUUGGUUUAUGAAUAUUGGGGCAGGAGCUUGAAAAUCAGUUCAGGGCAGUUACCAUUAUACAGUCUAAAGAUGCUUAGUUAUUGUGAAACAAAUACAAUUUCCUAAAACAGUCAAAUAAAGAAAUUAAAAACUGGAAUGCCUUAUUCUGAAAUAUGAAAUUUAGUUGCCACCAGUUUUUCAACAUAGUUCAUUUAGUCCCCACCAAUUUUUCAACAUAAUUCCUUGCAGGCUUCAUUUUAAUGUUUAAUUUUUAAUAAUAUCAAUUUUCUUAUUAUUCUUGAAAAAAAUUCUAUUCUUUUUUCAUUCAUUGGCAUGUCGGUACCCUAAUAUAUAACAAGACAUGAAAUUAACCAAAGUGGUAGUAGAAUGAAGUCUAUUUAUUAUAUUGUCCUAAAAGAGGUGAGGCUAUGCAGUGCUUUCAUAAUUCAGUUGACUUUUGUCUAGAGAUGUGUUAAGCUAAUUUUUAUUCUUUUUGCUGCAUAUGUAAUUCUUGACAGUUGUUCAACUGAUUACGUUUGCUACAGAUCUGAUGUACCUGUAUAAUAGCUUCUAGCAGAAACUGCGGUUUAAUUUUGAAUUUAAUGCCCAAAAAUUGAAAUCAUAUUUACUUAGUGUUUUGUUUCUGCUCUGAAUUAUUAGUGUUGGUUUUAAUGAUCUCAUGUAUUUCAUUGUUUGUGACAAGGUAAGAGUAACUGUUAUCAGAUGAAACUUUAAAUUUAGAGUUGUUUUCCUGUAUAUUCCAAUAGUGCUCAAUGUGUCUCUAGGGUGGGUGGGGAGAGAUCACCUGCAUUAUCAUAACUACUUUGUAAUUAAAUGGUAAGACUGUAACACACUGUGCCUGAUAACCAAUUAGUGCUUAAAGUGACAUUCCAUAAGCUUUUUGUGUUGUGAACUCUGUGAUACAAAUCCAUUGUAGUUUCAGUUGUGCUGUUGUUAUCUAUGAUGUGAUUAUGAUUUUGAUUUUUCUUGCUAUUUGCUUGAUAGAAAAUCAAGAUGUUGAAUAAAUUUCCUGCUUGACUUUCCAAGAAAUAAUUAUUUAUAAUUUUCUGUCAGUAUUUGUUGGUUUGUUCACUUAGCACAGCGGCAAAGAUCUGUUGUCGUAUAAUUUUAUGUAUGCAUUAUAUCUGAAAACUUUGCUACAUGUAAUUAGCAAUAAAAGUUCCACAAGAUGAAUAAUAA